CCGACACGUGACCGGAUGUAGCGGUGCGGCGAGGAUCACGUGAUCAGACGGGAGCGGCGAUGGCGGCGGAGUGGCUGUUGCUGGCCCUGGCUCUGGCGCUGCCCCCGGUGUCGGCCGAGCCGCGGCGGCUCCAGAUCGGGGUGAGGAAGAGGCCGCAGCGAUGCCCCGAGAGAUCCCGGAGAGGAGACCUGCUGAGCCUGGUGUACACGGGCACGCUGGAGGACGGGACCCCCUUUGACAGCAGCCUGAGCCCGGAGCAGCCGUUCGUGUUCUCACUGGGGACUGGACAGGUCAUCAAGGGAUGGGACCAGGGGCUGCUGGGGAUGUGCGAGGGGGAGAAGAGGAAGCUCGUGAUCCCCCCGGAGCUGGGUUAUGGGGACCGAGGGGCCCCCCCCAAAAUCCCAGGUGGGGCCGUGCUGAUUUUCGAGGUGGAGCUGCUGAAGAUCGAACGGCGCCCGGAGCUUUAGGGGGACCCCAAAACCCCCCAAAUUUCCCCCAAAACCCCCCAAAUUUCCCCCAAAACCCCUCCCCCAACCCAGAAAUUUUGGGGGUUUUCCCCCCAUUUUUAUUUCAUUUUUUUUAAAUUUUUUUUGGGAAAAAAAAUCCCAAAUUUUUUUGGGGGGUUCCCCCCAUCCUUAGGGGUCAAUAAAGGGUUAAACCCAAACGGUUUUUGUGCCAAUUU